AAUUUUGGGAGGGAAUAGAAGAGAAGAUUUUGACUGAAUUAAACAUUGCCCACUGGCACCGGACCAUGGGGACUCUUGUUACCAAGUUGCUUCUCCCCACAAUCAGCAGCCUCGCCUUCCUCCCCACCAUCAGCAUUGCUGCUAAGAGAAGAUUCCACAUGGAAGCCAUGGUCUACCUCUUCACAAUGUUCUUCAUAGCAAUAUAUCAUGCAUGUGACGGGCCAGGUUUAUCAGUGCUAUGUUUCAUGCGCUACGACAUACUGGAGUAUUUCAGCAUCUACGGGACAGCCCUGAGCAUGUGGGUGUCAUUAAUGGCACUAGCAGAGUUCGAUGAACCAAAAAGGUCAACUUUUGUGAUGUUUGGCGUGUUGACUAUUGCUGUGAGAAUCUACCAAGACCGGUGGGGAUACGGGGUGUACUCGGGGCCCAUUGGCACAGCUGUCCUUAUCAUUGCAACAAAAUGGCUGCAAAAGAUGAAAGAGAAGAAGGGUCUGUACCCUGACAAGAGUGUGUACACCCAACAGAUAGGCCCCGGUUUCUGUUUUGGAGCCUUAGCACUGAUGCUGCGUUUCUUUUUCCAGGAGUGGGAUUACACCUAUGUUCACAGCUUCUACCACUGUUCACUAGCUAUGUCCUUUGUCCUGCUGCUGCCCAAGGUAAACAAGAAAGCUGGGAAUGCUGGGACACCUGCCAAAUUGGACUGUUCUACACUCUGCUGUGCUUGCAUCUGA